UCUGCUUGGGCCGCCAUGCUUCCACUUUAACGGUUAUUUGGGGUUUAAUUUCGCAGGCAACAGAGAUCGCUCGUUUUGUCGAUUGAUUUCUGUGGAAGGUGGCAAGAUGUUAGCUUUUUUGGUGAGGAGAUGCUUGCAAACAACUGGAAGAGUUCAGAAAUUACUACAGUUUCCAAAUGAAUCAAGAAACAUCAUGCCCUCUAACUUAUUGAGCUCUUACACACAAAGAAGAUUUAUGACCCAUCAAGCCAUCAAGUACUUGCAAAAAUCUGCAUUUUUUAGGAGUCAGACAAGCUAUUUUCAUGUAUCAUGUCAAGCAUCCAAGAUAAAGAAAGUGGAAGAACCAGAGAAACGUGAAUUAGACUUACUACGAUAUGAUUUCAGAGAAUUGAAGAACAGUCCCAAACCUGCCCUCUAUCUUGGCUACGGUGGAUUAAUUCCUUUUGUGUCAGCUCCCCUUGUAAUGGCCAUAACAGAGACAUAUUUUCCUGAGCUAGCUUUUGCCCAAAUUGCAUAUGGAGCAGCAAUUCUCUCUUUUGUCGGAGGAAUAAGAUGGGGAUUUUCAAUUCCAGAAAGCAGCUCUGCAAAACCUGAUUGGUUGAAUCUGGGAAAUAGUGUGGUUCCUUCUUUGUUAGCCUGGAUAGCUCUACUCUUUCAUGAUAAUCUGACUGAAGCAGCAAUUCUGAUUAUCAUGGGUCUAGGUAUAGCAUUGCAUUAUGACUUAGCCUUACUCGAAGGUUAUCCAAGUUGGUUCAGAGCUCUUCGAACAGUGCUGACUGUGGUAGCAACAUUUUCCUUGGUUGCCACAUUAAUAAUCAAAAGUACAUACCCUGAGAAAAAGCUAUUGCCAGAUGAAAAAAUAAAAUCUAAAGGGUAGAGAAUUUAUCCUUUCAAAAAAGCAACAGAAAAUAUAUUAUUUUUAAAAAAGCUGCAAUAAAAUUGAAGCAGAGACGCUUAUAAAUGGUGUGAUUAACAAUUAAUUCACAACAUUAUAUUUGAGACUCUGAUCACCGUUCAAAAAUCUAGCUGUUGAAAAGUUAUCUAUUUAACUUGCAUAUUAUUCCUAUUUUUCUGUUCAAGCUGAUCAUGUAAAAGUACUAUCAAUGUUGUGACCUAACAAAAAAAAUAUAAAGAAUGCUGAAUAAAGGUCAUUAUGUCGAAAGUUUCUUUAUCUAUGGUUACAAUCCUCACACAAGGUUUAAGAUAUUUAUUGCUCGCUAUUUUAUGUAAACUAUCAAUUGACAUUACAUUCUGACCAGUAUUUGCAUUUCAGGACAUGGUAGAGUUACAUAGAGUAGCAUUUUUGUGCGGGCUUUGUUUGUUUGCAAUAUCCUGGAUGUGAACCAACUAUCAAGUAACUAUAUUGACCUAAUCAAUGAAACAAAAUUCGUUUAAUUCUAAGCGUCCAGAGAGAUUGAUGUCCUCAGAUUGUCACCUUUGUUUUGAGUAAUAACAUAAGUCA